AUGGAACUCAACCUUCUAUCCCGUUCAGUGGAUUCUUCCAUUUCACCGGGAAAACGAAACAUUGCCAUCGCCGAGAUUGUGGUAUAUUCCCUGAUUCACCUCGCUCAGUUUGGCACAAGGUAUCUGCAGGAGCAGAAAUACUGGCAUCACAACAAAAAUAAAGGCAUUGGACGCUGCAUCCUCUAUUCUUGGUGGAGCAUGGUUGGCCUUUUGUCGCAAACUGGUUCAGCUUUAAUGCUUGCUUCUUCGCACCCCGACAAAGCAAUGGUCACCGCGGCAUCCGUUAUGCAAAGCGUGGGCCUCUCGCCUCUUAUGUUUGAGGUCAGCUUGGUGAUGUUGAGAUGUGGACAAUCCGGAGAGACUGGACCAGGAAACUCGAAAUGGACCAAGUGGAUUCGAUUCGCCCUACACUUCUUCCGCUUCCCUAUUUUCUUUGCUAUUGUCCUCGCCGUGGUGGGUGGAAUCAUCCAAAUGCAUCAAUUAGGAGAGGGGGGAUCAAUCCUUCUGAUCGUCACCUUUGUCUAUGUGUGCAGUCUGGUGGCUUGGCUCGCAGUGAAAGCCCGAUCAGUUCUUCCAGAGUCUGGCCAGCGAGCAGUACUGCUAGUUGUUAUGACACUGCCGUUCUUGCUGGUACGGAUUGUCUAUUUCCUCUUGCAGGAGUAUGGCCCCCCAAGAUUUAACCCCGCGAGCGGUGAUGUUGGGAUAAUAGUUGGAAUGGGGUUAUUGAUGGAGAUUUUGGUUGUCAUCUUGCUUGUGUUGGCACGCGCAGUGGCAGAACCUAUCCUGCCAUCGGCAAUCAAGACACGCAUCGCAUAUGAUGACUUGGAAUCGCCAGCAAAUCAGUGCCCAUAA